AUGGCCAGUGAUAUGGGGAAUGUCAAAUACGAAGAGGAGUACAUCUUAAACUCUAGAGGAAUGAAGCUUUUCACAUGCAAAUGGCUUCCGGACAAUAACAAACCUCCCAAAGCCUUGAUCUUCAUCUGCCAUGGAUAUGGCAUGGAGUGCAGCAUCACCAUGAGUAGUACCGCAACCAGACUAGCCAAAGCGGGGUUUGCCAUAUACGGGAUAGAUUAUGAAGGCCAUGGAAGAUCGUCAGGCCUUAAGGGCUAUGUCAAGAGUUUUGAUCGUGUUGUUGACGACUGCACCAACCACUUCACAAACAUAUGUGAGAGCAAAGAGAACAAAGGAAAAAUGAGGUAUCUGUUGGGGGAGUCAAUGGGAGGAGCAGUGGCUCUGCUUGUUCAUAGGAGAAAGCCACAAUAUUGGGAUGGUGCGGUCUUAGCUGCACCCAUGUGUAGGAUUGCAGACGAUAUGAGGCCAUCUCCUAUUGUGAUCAGUCUUUUGAAAAAACUCUGCAGGGUUAUCCCAACUUGGAAAAUAAUCCCCACAAAGGAUAUCAUCGAUGUUGCUUUUAAAGUACCCGAGGUUAGGAAACAGACGAGAGAAAACCCUUACUUCUACAAAGGCCGACCUCGUCUGAAAACCGGCUACGAACUUUUGAGGGUCAGCACGGAUAUUGAACAGAGGCUUCAAGAGAUCACAUUGCCGUUCCUAGUUCUCCAUGGCGAAGAUGAUAAAGUUACCGACACAUCAGUUAGCAAACAGCUCUAUGAGGUGGCCUCGAGUUCUGACAAGACACUGAAGUUGUACCCGAAUAUGUGGCAUGGUCUGCUCUAUGGAGAACAAAUUGAGAAUACUGAGAUUGUGUUUUCAGACAUAAUCAAUUGGUUAGACAGGAGAAGCACCUCCGGAACUUCAAGGUCGGAGGGAGAGUUGAGAAGGGAUAGUGAAAAACAUUAAGAAACUUCACAUUUCAAUCGAGGAGAACUGAAAGUAUGUUCUCCUCUUAAUUGCCGGUCAUUAGAUUCAAAAUCAACUGUAGAUGAUAAACCAAAACUUACUUUCAAUUGUUACUUGUGAGUGAUCACAAAUUUGUUGAUCACCACUGUAUGAGUAUGUUUGUAUUUGUGAGAUAAAUUCUGCAGUAUAUGUAGGUUACGAUUGAAAAUUACUGAAAUGCAAAGCAUGAAUUGGUAUGUCAAUGUAUUAGAAGGCCCCUCUUCUGUUUUGAUAAGAUCUAAUUAACAAUCCAAGUACCUUGAAAUUGAGAUUCCCCCAACCGUAAGCCUACAAGAGGAAUUAGUCUAAUCUACAUCAACUAACUCCCACGACGACCAUCAAAAAAAAAAAAAUCCCACCACCGUCACCUUACUGAAACCCCGAGAACCAUCCUAACCAUCUUCGAAGUCCACAUUCUAAUAAAAGAAAUCUUCAAAGUCCAUAUUGCUUCAAUCAUCUCUAAGGAACCAUGCCAUGAACUUUGAAAUUUCAUCAGUGCAGAUUUCAAGCACCAUACAUUUAUGCAAGGAAGAAUGUACAAGUAGCUAUGAUCUGUUGUAUGCUUCAAAAUAUGAUGAUCAGGGGGUUUUGGUUUAUCCAUGUUAAAGAAGAUUUGACAAAAACUGAAAGGAGAGCACCCAACUAUCAAUUGCACAAAUCUGAAGUAAAAGUAUUUAUAAAUUUAUGCAAAUCAAUUUGCCACAUCCAUCUGCUGAAAUCCAGUGGUAACAAGUACCUCACUUUAAAAUCUUACAAUACCAUCCAUCAAAGUAGUACACAGAUAAUAAGACAAAGACCAUAAUCAUCAUUUCUCAAGCACCAAAUGUGUUUCCACUCACCACCACAACUAGUACAUGUAGUUUUGCUUUCACUGCAACCACACCAAACAAUCAAGACAUACCAAGGUGUCUAGAGACCCUGC